AUGGACAGGGAGACUUUUGCGCAUGCCACUAAAUUUUUCCGUGACUACAGCGGCUCGACCGGGGGCGCUGCCGCCUGCCAGCCUCAUGACCAUGUGGACUACAUUGAAAAGCCGGAGACGUUCAGCUACGCGGAUUUUUUCAAGGAUUACUUGAUCCCCAACGAUCCUUGCAUCUUCUCCGCCAAGUUCACGGAGGGCUGGGCCAGCCGGAGGAAGUGGGUCACGCCGGACGGGAAACCCAACUUGGAUUACCUCCUGCGGACGUUCGGCGAGGCUGUGGUCCCCGUGGCCAACUGUGAUGCCAAGGAGUACAAUUGUAACCCUAAGGAGCACCUUAAACUCAAGGAGUACAUAAACUAUUGGAAGGAACACAUUAAAAAGAGCUAUCGCUCCGCCCGCGGCUGCCUUUAUCUCAAAGACUGGCAUUUGCAGAGGACAUUUCCGGAUCAGGAGGUCUACACCACGCCCAUCUAUUUCUCCUCUGAUUGGCUGAAUGAGUAUUGGGAAGCCAUCGCUGUGGAUGACUACCGGUUUGUCUACAUGGGACCUAAAGGCUCAUGGACGCCCUUCCACGCCGACGUUUUCCGCUCUUACAGCUGGUCAGCCAACAUCUGUGGCAAAAAGAAAUGGCUGGUCUUCCCCCCAGGCCAAGAAGAGUUUCUAAAAGACCGCCACGGCCACCUGCCAUUUGACAUCACGGCCCCCGACUUGAAGAACGGCUCCCUGUAUCCCCGCUACGCUCAGAGCAGCCCCCCGGUCGAAAUCAUACAAGAAGCCGGCGAGAUAGUCUUCAUCCCGAGCGGUUGGCAUCAUCAGGUUUACAAUCUGGAAGACACCAUCUCCAUCAACCACAACUGGGUGAACGGCUGCAACUUGGCCAUCAUGUGGAGCUUCCUCCAGGACGAACUCGCCGCCGUCCAGCGGGAGAUCAAAGAGUGGAAAGAGAGCAUGGAAGACUGGCACCUGCAAUGCCAGGUGCUGAUGAAGUCCUACACCGGCAUCGAUUACAAAGAGUUCUACAACUUCCUGAAGAUCAUCGGGGAGAAUCGCAUUUUUGUGCUGGAGCACCACCACUCCGAGGACGACGCCUCCAAGCGCUCGUCCAGGGCCGCCCUCUCCAGCCUGGGGAUGCUUCACGCCGUGUUCGACCUCAAAAGGACCGCAAAAGUCUUGGCCUCCCUGAACGCCAACGAGGAAUUCAAGAAGCUCAACCCCGAAGCCCUCUCCCCUCCCCCGCAGGCCCUCCUGCUCAGGCUGAAGGCCGCCAUCGACACCGCCCUGCUCUGA